AGACCGAAAACAACAGGAAAGUUCUCAUAACGCACCACUGGUAAUCUGUAGGACCUAACAGUAAGCAGACGCUCAUUGUGCUUCCUUAUAUAGCUGCUCGGACCCAUCAGACAACUUCUCAACAAGGUUUUCAUGGAUGGCCUCUCAAGAUUUCAAGGGUGCAUUGUGAGGUGCCGUGCUUCCCCGUUGUGACGGACCGAGGCAGGACUGCCUACAAGAAGACCGGGCUCUGUGAAAAAGAGGAACAAGGAACUGCUGCAGAGUAAAUGAUGGACUUAGCUAUCUGACUGAGUCCUGCAUCUCCGGGGGGCAUAAGCGACAAAACCCCCGAGCGAUUACUCCAGGCUACAGGCACACAACCGGUAGUUAGACUGGAUCAAAUUGCCCACUUGUAUAAAUGGGUCCGUCUCUGAGGGCCGUGAAAAAGGCGCCCCGUCCCUACUGAGCGUGUAUUCAGGGCGGGUCGAGAGACUUGGACACCCCACCUGCCGUUCUAGGGCUUUCCUUCCACCCAAAAUUUUAAAGACGGCAGACCUCCCCGCUGUAUUAGGACAGGCACAAAAGCAAGCGAUCGAGUUGCAAAGGUGGCUAAUGCGUUUCUGGUUUAAACUUCUGACGACGCUAGUUUGAUUCCUUUGGAACGCGCCACGGCCCCAGUUUACCAUCAUUUACACGGCAGCAAUUGGAAGUUAAGCCUCAGAUUUGUUUUGCUGGGAGUUAACACGACUUGGAGAUAUCUGACGCCUUUCUUCGAGUCAAGCUGUCGAUAGAUGUGGACAGUCGUGUUGGAACAGCGAGCCAAUUAAACGCCUAGGCCUACACCCUUCUGGUCAGCUGGCCGAAAUUACCGGCGUUAAUGACAAUGUUGUCUGCAGCCAUAUGUAAUCAGGGAGCGCCCGACCAGACUAGACGAACCCUUCCCGAAAUGGAGCUCUCAUUGUGUCAGUUGUAAUUACAGAGAUACCGAUCAAUCAGUCUUUAUGGAGCACUGACCAACUAAAUUAUCAGUCCAGAAAGAGGGUUUAAAAUUCACGGUAUUGGACCAGAACUGUCACAGAGCGGACAGAGCUUAAGCCGUGGAGACGUCAUACCAUUACACCAGCACAGUGUUUCCCAAGGAACAACUGGAGACAGCAGUCGUCUUCAUGUACGAAAAGUUUGGAAUAUUAUGAGAGUUUUUCACUGAAGCUUUGUGCCUUUUGUAGGAAACUUUGUGUGUGGUGAAAAUUGGAUGAAAUUUAAAAUUCUUCAAAAGAUGUUGUUGGAUGUGAAAGUGAUUCAUUUGUAAUUCAAGUGAAUUUUAUAAUCUCCUUGACAACGUUGUUUAUAUAGGAUGUCGUGAAUUUGUGCUGUGGAUAGAUAUCAAACAUGGAUAUGUUAAUUGUUGCGAAUAGCUCCCCUCCGGUUCAGGAACUUGGAGAAGUGUUCCAAGGAAGCGUUCACACCGCCACGAAGGCCGUCUGCACAGUUCUCGUUCUAUUUGUGCUUUUCCUCGGCUGUUUUGGCAACGCUUUAGUCUUCCUGUCCGCAUCGGAACUGAAGAAACUGCGGUCUAACUUCGAUGUGUUUAUUCUCAAUUUAGCUAUGGCGGAUUUUUUAAUGUGCAGCUGCCUAUCACCGGUGUUUUUGUACGUGCUUUUCGCCGAGCCGCCCUACCCCCGAGUUUUCUGUAGUAGCUUCUUAUUCUUAGGCUCCGCUUGUGGACUUCUCUCUUUGUUGACACUGGUCUCAAUUGCGCUCCACCGCCAGGCCCGUGUGGUGGGGCAGACGAAAGGGGCGCUGACCUCGUGUCAAGCGGGGGUUGCUCUCGGCUUUAUUUGGACAACCAGCAUUGUCUUAGCCCUCGGAGGCACCAUCCAUGUCACCCUGAGCUGGCCGGAGACCCAGACCUCCUGUCAAAUGAUAGUCAACAGUCACGAUCGUCUGGUUUACAACUUUGUCCUCUUCUUCAUCGCCCCGGUUUCCGUCCUCAGUUUCAUCAUCAUCGCUAUGGCGUACACCGUCAUCGCCUGGGCCGUACACAGUCAAAGUAAGACAUGUAGGCCCGCGCAAGGACAGAUGCCAAAAUCCACCCGGUGGGAUGUACAACAACGUCAGUCAACGAACUGUAGCGGGAACGUCAGGGAUGUGAAAGCUAAGCGCACCAGUCCCCACGGAAAACAGGCAGUAGCUGGUCAGUCUCACCUGGAUAAAGAAAAUAAAGCGAUGACCAUGUGCUUUGUGGUGACAUUGACUAUCAUCUUAUGCUGGGGCCCGCUGGUCAUCUCGCAGUUUGUAGAACUUUUGGUGGGUGAAUCGAUUAUUCUGUACCAGGUGAAAAUAUGUGGGAUUGCGUUGGUGUUUCUGAACAGCGCCUUAGACCCGUACAUUUACGCUCAAUACAGCAGCAAAACCAAACAACGUUACCUCAAGUGCUUCAAAAAGCUUUUGACUUUCGAAUGUAAGAAAAGUGGCAAUCGGAUUAGACUACAAAAUACGGUGAACGCUAGUCUGAGUGCCAUCAAACAGAAAUCAUCCAACAAUGACCAAGAGACGAACACUGUUCACCUUGCAUCCCCAAAACUCCAUAGAAAAGUGUUCAUAGAUAGGAGCGUGGGACCAGGCGUCCCCUUAUCGUACAGAACGGUUUUAGUGAGCAGUCAUUUAGUUCACCCCUAUUCAAAGCAACAUAUGAAAAGCAAAUCGAGCUUGGUUAUUCAAGGAUGCUGUGCCCAGAAGUGUCACUCUCAAAUAGAAUCGUGUAAACAUAUGGACUACAAACAAACAGCAAGGAACUGUCCGUGUUCGUCCCCACCACAUUCCAGCUUUUCACCACAACCUAAACAGAUGUACAGUGUUUUACAAACAUAGACAAUCUUCCUUUAACUCGAAAUCCUGCACGCAUGUGACAGCUUUCUGUCGGAUAUGCUGUAUGGUCACUUUUUGUACAACGUAAAUAUAAUUUAUGUCUCAGUGAUUUAACAUAAGUUUGCUUUACGCAAAUGUAUGUUUUACCGAGAACUUUAAACAAAUGUAUGUUUUA